GAACUAGCUUGAAUAUACUUGUUUACCAUGUCCACGAUAACAAGGAUGUGUUCUACAAAGAGUGCCCUGAUGGUGUAAAAUCCAUCGUCUUUGGUACAUUCAAAGACAGUAAAUCUAUUAUCAUGGUGGGAGGAAAUUCAUCAGUGCACGGAUACGAUCAUUUAGGAAAUGAAAUGUUCUGGACCGCAAUCGGAGAUAUUGUUACAUCAUUGACAUUGAUGGAUUACAAUAAGGAUAGCUCAAACGAGUUGGUAGUAAGUUCCGAAGAUUUCAACAUACGUAUUUUCGACAGAAAUCAGAUGAUAGCAGAACUUGUAGAAACCGAAGUUGUCACCAACUUGGUAGCCUUGCCGGAAAAUAGAUUAGCCUACUCAGUUUCCAAUGGCACGAUUGGAGUUUAUGAACAAGAUGUUCGAUUGUGGAGGGUCAAGUCCAAACAUUUUGCAAUUUCCAUCCAUUUCUAUGACCUUCUGGGACAAUCUUUUCCCCAACUCAUCACCGGCUGGUCCAAUGGGAAGAUGGACUGCCGUUCUAUCAAAACUGGUGAAGUAUUUUUCAAAGAUACGUUGAAUUCCGGUGUGUCUGGAAUCGUUGAAGGAGAUUAUCGGUCCAUCGGAAAAACAGAUCUCAUUUGCGUUUCUUCUGGAGGAGAAGUUCGAGGAUACACCACAACGAAAACAUUAACAAACGGAUCCGGGUUUGGUAAAGGAGAGGAAACUUACUCAGAACUUCUCACUCAAAAACAGGCACUACUAAUGGAACUGAAACAUUAUGAGACAAAUGCCAGAAUUAAUGAAAAUAUCGGUAACUUGGAGGAUAGUUAUGAAAAUAGUGGGAUUAUACCAGCUGAUACGAGACUUCAGAUGGUAAUCAGCACCAAUGAUAAGGCCAAAAAGCCUCAUGUCGAACUGUUUCUGUCAACAAACAAUUCAACGAUUUUGAAAUCCAUUAUUAUAUUCGGAGAAGGAAUCUUCAAAGGAGAAACACAUGUUACCCAUCCUCCAAUCUCGAAAUUGCGUUCUGACCUAACUGUUCCCCUCUUUCUUCCGAAGGAUAACCCAGUGGAUAUUCAUGUUAAGGCGUUGGUCGGAUUUCCUCACAGCGUACAAUUCCACGUUUACGAAAUCACAAGACAGCUACCAAGAUUCUCGAUGUAUUCCCUGAAGAAUCCAAACGAUAUAAUAAAGCCUGAGAGCUUCGUACAGUUCAAACUUAACGAAAGAGUGCAAAGAAUCUGCAUGUGGAUCAACCAAAAUUUCUUAUUUUCCUCCGACAUAGAAUUCGAGUCUGGGCCAAACUUGACUCUUAAUGUGAAGUGUCUCAGAGACAAUUCUGAUCUAGUUAUAGUCUCCGAAAUAUCCGGGAGAAUAACUAUCCACACGAUGAAUAUGUCUCUGGCUGGGGAUUUGAUACAGUCUCUAUGUUCCUACUUGAAUGUGAAUACUUUGGAAUCUAAAGCUUCAUUUCCAGAAGAAGAAAACAACCUAAAACUUUUACUCGAGAAAUUAAUUGAAAUUCAGGAUGCAAGUGCAAGACUGAAUACAGACGUCGCAGACCGAUUGACUCAAAUCAGAACUCUGAUUAUUCAAGCAGAAGAUAGUAGACUAAAUGAUCUGGACCAACUUCCAUUUUAUUAUAACGAACUUAUGGCAAUCAAUAAAGAAAUGAUCGGAGGGCACAACAUAAGAUUACAAAACUACAAUGAAGUUGUUGAAACGACGAAAGGGAUCAACGCCAUCAUACAAAAAGCGUCAAAGUUGAGAGUUGGCCAGAAAUCAUCAAAUGUGAUAAACUACUGCAGGAACUACAUGAAUAAUAAUAAUGCUGAAGGAUUGAUAAAAGUUAUCAGAACUGGGGAACAAUAAUAUGAGGAAUUUAAUGAUAUUAACAAUAUUAUUGAUUUAAUAUUUUUAAUGUAAUGAACUAUUUUGAAUAAUAAACUCCACAAACCUAUUUACCAUUGUUCUCAUCCUAUUUAAAAGUUAUGUGUGGUGUUACUUCUCGCUUCGAGGUGUAACACCACAAAAAAUAGUCAAAUCAAAAAAUAGAUAGAUAAGUAAUUUUUGAUCAUUCC